AUGGCGCAGCGUGGAACGCCGGAGUUUAGUGAAGAGUUGUUCGCCGUAAUGCUCGAAUCCUGUAGCCCGACGAGGACACACGUGGAGGCACUCACACACGCUGUGCUCCGUCACCUCCCGCGGGCCGCAGAUGCAUGGGCCGCACUGCGCAAAGCCCUCGUCCGCCAGCAGGAAUUGGAGUCGGAUGAGAACAGGGCUCUGUGGUAUGUGCUGGACUCGCUGAUGAAACACGCUCCACAUGUGUUUGUGCCUCUUGUGGCGCCGAGACUGUAUGAUUACGUCGUGCAGCAAAUGCCGUGGCAUCUCGUGGGUGUUGUGUCCACAAUGGGAAGUGGGGCUCUCUGGUGUGAUGCGAUGAUUCGCACAUGGGAGGGAGUACUGCCACCCCAUCUUUUCCGUAGUGUAAAGUCCUUUGUCGUGCAGCUGCGUAGUGGUAAGGAAUUAGCUAAUGCGAUGAAUCUGAAUGAUGAUGGUAGCAACAAGAACGACGAUGACGUUCAGUUUAUUGAUCCACCAGCAACGCGUGAAAAUAUGCAACAAUUACGGGAAACUUGGGAGGUGUUUAAAUCAUUCGCAGCUGAAGGAGUCACUGGAGUGAAGGAUACCGUAGUAACCACAAGAGAAGAAAGAGGAGUGACGAAAAGAGAAGUAACGGAAACGCGGAAAGAGUCCAAUACAUCAUAUCUUGUACAAGUAAAGCAUGAACCCGGAACUUAUACGAAUAUAAAGACAGAUAGUAAAGUACAAGAUCCCGAUAGCGAUGAUGAUGAUAGUGAUGUGGAGUAUAUGCCAGAGUUCGUCAAGGGGGCCAAGCAACGUGAGAUGCCUUCAUUGACAGCGGAUGGUGGUGUACCGCAGCGGGCCCGUCGUGCAGCCCGUCGUCGGCCGCGUGAAGAGGAAUGA